UCGGAUAACUUCGAUCCGGUGGUUGGGAAAUUUUGCGUCAUAAAGCGAGCGGAAGUUGAAAACAAGGAGAAUGCACAGCUACCCCCGCGAGACAACAGAAAGUUGUCAGUAGCUACGAAAGAUUCUCCUUCAAGAGAGUUUGCUCGACCCCGGACAUGUGCAGCGACGUUACCAUGUGUGGAUGCAGCAAGUCGUCAUGAACUGAUGCUGGUCCGAAUGCGGGAUAUUAUCGCGAAUGGGAUUGAUCCACCGAAAGAGGCCUGUCGUCUAUCACCGCGUCAUGAGCCAUUAUUUCCUCGUGUCACAGCUUCAGUGCUUUCACACCGCCUGAUCCAGUUUGCCACACAUCUAAGCCAAGCAAAACGCCGUACUCUAGAAAAUCCGGAGCUUUACAAGAAAGAGAAAAUGACGAAGUCGGAGCAACGAGCAAGGCGACGAGCAGUGAGAGAAAAAAUUGCCGACAUGCCAGGCAAAUUGGAUCAUGCAAGUGUGGUGGCGUACUCUGUAGGACGACAUGAUGAUCUACAAAGUGUGGAUGAGCACGAUGACGUCGAGUUAUCGUACGAAAAUCGAGUCGUUAAUGUACAUAUGGAGAAUUUCGGCCGAAUGGACAGGGCAUCGUGUUGUGCGACGUUAGUGAUGAAGAACGGCGACAAAGCAACGUCAUCAUUGAACGUUCGGAUCUCAGACUCCCCUGAAGAUCCAUCUACAGUCAAUCAAACACGAUCGCGGAAAGGACGUCCUGUCAGUGACUACCCUUUGAAAGAAAUCGUCGAUCCACGAUCGCCAGAGGGUGCAGAGCGUCCAAUCAGUCCAUAUGAGCAGUUGCCUAGUGAGCCGCACUUGAAUCCCCUCAGAGGAAUUUCUAUAGGUCGGCGAGUAGAUAUUGAGCCGACCCUCGCUUCCAUCCCUACCCAGCUUGUAGGACCACUGAAACCGUUCAGAAAAGAUCAGCAAGCGAGUGAAGAGAUGUUCUCAAUGGUACAGGUGGUGAGCUCACGUGAAACCACCCCUGCCAAUGGUGCAACUGGAGCGACGAAUGACCGCAGGAAAAAGCACUCAAGAGGAUCGACAGCACGUCAUACACUGGGUGUUGAUGUGCAAUGGUUGAAAAGAUUCGUCACGAAAAAAGAGGAACACGAACACACCCAGCCAGCAAUCACACCCACUAACGACGAGAGGUGA